CAUCUUCAGUCCUUAUUGAAAAACACCCACAUGAAUAUUCACCCUGCGAUAUGGGUCGAACUGUACUGUAAAGGAAGCCGCUCGUCUGUACUUGUAUGCAUAAAAGACGGGUUGGCUGAUCGAUUUUAGAAACGACGUUCUGGUAUCGACGUAUAUAUAGAGUUUGCGGUGUUGGAGUAAGUCCUAGAACUUGCGCUUUUGUCGACUCAAUGACAACAUUCUAUCCAACGCAAUCGAGUCAACAACGGCCACGAAAUGUUCACAGCAUUUCUUUUAUUCUGUUUGUUAAUUUGCCAUACACACCAGACGAACGACAAAGCACUCAGUCAACCUUCCGAACUGCUUCGCGGGUUUAGCCUUAGAGAGGUUUCACAAUUGAAACAAUCAUCAAAACAGAGAGAUGACGUACCAAGAUUUCUUCUAAACUUAUACAGAAAGCGAGCGCUUUUACACCGCCGAGUAAUAAACCAGCGGGACUCGGAGAUAGUGAGGGUGUUUUUCCGAGAACGUAAGUGCUAGCUCCUUAGAAUGCCUGACCGAGAAUAGCAUUUAGUUAGUUACGGUAACCAUUCUUUGAAGCAAUCAGAACAUAACACCAGGUAAAGCGUUAUUUAUUGGUUUUACUCUCUUUAGCCGCAGGGGAAAGCAAGAGAAAAGGACCACUGCAUUACGGGUUUUACUUUAACAUAUCCACCAUUGUAGUGGAAGAGAAAGUCAAGAAAGCUGAAUUGAGAAUCUUCAAGAAGACUCCGCUGGGACGGACUAGAGAAGCUGGUUACUUUAAAAUAAGAAUUCUGCGUUUGAAAAAUCACCAGCACUGGACCAAAGGGGUCCCUAUCGCUUCCCACUUAGUUAGUUACAAAGAAAACGUUGGUCGGUGGAUAACGUUUGAUGUUACAUCUGCGGUUAAAUUCUGGAAAGAGAAACCCGAGGAAAACUUUGGCUUGAGUGUUACAGUGGAUGGCGUUGGUGCCUUCCCAUCAGAUUUUCGUAUCGGGGGACAUGGUAAAAGAGCACCUUUCUUGGUAACGUAUACAAAGAGCCCACAAAAAUUUCCAAGAACUCUGCAUGUAAACUGCAGCAGCGACUCAGUUCCCGAAGAGAAUGAAGAACACGUCUCUAAAAAUAUCUCAAUGACGUCCGCAUCUCGUCAGAGGCGUUCCAGCAGACCGCCUAAAAGAUGUCAACGUCGGUGGGUUUAUGUGCAUUUUAAAAAGUUAAAAUGGAACUGGAUUAUUGCUCCAAAUGGUUACAGCGCUAACUAUUGCGAUGGUGUCUGUCCGAGGGUUCUUGAUAUGCAACUGGAACCAACGAAUCAUGCUAUCUUGCAGAACAUUUUACACAAAUUGGACAGUCGAAUUCCGUCUCCUAUGUGCGCUCCUACUAAAUUACAUGGCAUCAGUGUGCUAUAUAAGACAAGCGACAGAUCUAUUGCGUUAACAGAGUAUGGUGGAAUGGUUGUGUCGUCUUGUGGAUGUCUGUGAUGAAAGUAAAAUAUCCGCAAAACCGUUUCUUAAAAAGAUAAAAGCCGAAAAUAAAUUCUGGCUCCUCAUAACACAGAUUUAUGUUCGAGGAAUUAUUGAAUUAUCGAAAUUCUUUCCUACUUGGCUGACGUCGCCAGACAUACACAAAUUGCUUUGAACUGAAGAGGAAGGCCUGUAAAAAAAACAUAUAUAUUUGAUUGAAUUGUUGAGUACAGUCAUGAUUGUACUUAGGUGAUAUUCGACAGUCAGUUUGCGACAGUCGCUAUAUCCAGAGGAAGACUGCUUGGGCGUAUGGAGAAGUAGGUGUAAAACCACUUAUGAACCAGACAAUCUAGUCGAGCAAAACUCCAUAAUUAAAAACAUAGCUGCAAUACUUUAGAGUCUCCAAGUCAAAACAAGAUCCAGAAGAGGAGACAAUUUUAAAUUCAAAUUUAUGGUAGUGACGCAAAAAGUUUUGUACCUUUUUGCAAAAGAAUUUGGCAGGCUGAAGAGCGUGAUAAGCUCCUUAAACCUUCACAGAAUCUUUUAAAAGAAGUUUGGUAUAAAAGUGUGUACUUUAGUUAUAUUUGCGGACGGCGCCAAUUUUGGGCGAGAGAAAAUAAGAACGUGUAGGAAUUUCUACCCCCGCAAACGCAAUUAUCAAAUGCCAGCUAAUAUUUUCUCGUUGAUUGCGCCUUUUCGAAUUAAAUGAAUAGCCUGCAGUGUCAGACAGACGCCCAAAAAAUAAUGAGACAGGGUAAUGAAACAUGAUUAAUCUUUUGAAAGUUACAUUAUAAUAACAUCAGUUCUUGGAUCAAGUUUUUUAUUACGUACGUUCGGUUGACUGCAAAGUUUUCCAAAUAGGAUUAAAAACUCAUAAGGGUUAUUUAAUAACAGAAAAAAUGGGAUUGCUUAUUUAGCACGCUUGAAACAAACAACUACUAGUACGUACUAAUUAGAGUGAGAAUUUUAAUCGUCUAUAAGCCGAUAAAAGAUUGUGGCCUAACUGACUGAAUGACUGAUUGAUAAAGUGUAUCAGCCAGAGUAAUAGCAAUAUUAACAGUAAAGUCACGAAAAUGAUUGCAUGUUUAUUUAAUUGUGUGAACAAAAUAAUGAUAUUAAAAAAAUUAAAGGUAUUUAAUGUGUACCUCUCAAAGUUAGUAAGGACUUAUGAAAUGAUUUUUUACCCUAAUUAUGUAUGAGUUUCCACUGGAAAAAGUUUAAGUCAGAAGUCAUAUUUAUAUUUUUCUUCUGAAAACUAGAUGAGAGAUUAGCAAAGAGUAUUUGAAAUUCUUGUUGUCCAUUGGUUAAUUAACUGUGGGUUUAGGAAGGCUCUUAACAGCCCAAAGUAUGUCAUUAUACUUCGAUGGAUCAUUACUAUUUACUGAUGUUGCUUGACAGUCAUGAAAAAUAUUGUUGGAUUACAAUCUUAACUUGCCUGUAUUUAUAGAUAUUAAUAACUCAAAAGUGAGCCUGGGAAAGGCUAAUUUCAGCUCUUUUUAGUAUUUUUUUAAUUUAACGGAAUUCAACCAGUUAGAACAAGUAACGAAGCACGUUUUGAGCUACAAGUAUUGAAACAAAGAAUUUCAGACUGUUUAAGACGGUACCAUGGUAGACUGUUUGAAGUGAGUGAGCAGGAUUUGAAGCCCUACCAUUACCACUUAUUAUUAUAAUAAAUAAAAGCGAAAAU